CAUAAUUACACCAAAUUAACAAACUUCAAAAAGAAAGAAUCAUAAUCAUGUCUCCCAAAUACAACAAUGUGAUCGUCUUCGGCCCCACGGGCGAGGUGGGCGGCGCCGCAGCUCUCGAAGCCAGCCAGCGCGGGGCCUCGGUCUGGCUCGCCAUGCGCCAGACCGACAAGCCAAUCGCGGCCCUUACCACGGCGCAGGAGCAGUCUGGAGCCUUCCACCGCGUGCAGGCGGACCUCAGCGAUGCGGCCUCCGUCAAGGCGGCUGUCCAGCAGUCGGGCGCCAAGACUGCCUUCGCAUACGCCAUGCACGGGGGCCCGUCGAUGGAGCCUACCUUCACGGCCAUGAAAGACGCCGGCAUCGAGCACGUCGUCCUGCUCUCGUCCUUCACCAUUCACCCAGACGAGGCCCUGUCCGACGUUCCCCCGGCAAGGUUCAUCCCGUACCUCCACGCGCAGGCCGAGCUGGCGAUCGAGAAGGCAGGAAUCGCGCACACGGCGCUGCGCGCGGGCCAGUUCGCCAGCAACAUCUUCAAGAACAGCCUGGAUCGCAGCAAGACGCCGUGGGAGGCCACGCUCGUCUCGGGCAAGGCCGCCGGCGACAACAUCUCGCCGGCCGACAUCGGCAAGGUCGGCGGCGCGGUCCUCGUCGACCCGCCUGUCGCCACGGGCAAACAUGUCAUCUACGUGCUCGGCCCACAGCUGUCGACGGACGCAGAGGCGGUCAGGGUGGUCGAGAGGAUCUCUGGGCGUGAGGUGAAGGUAAACACGCGCACGGCUGCAGAGAGGGCGGCGGAAGCGAAGAGGGCAGGGCGGCCAGAGGUCAUCUGUAAUUAUUUACAGUCGUUUUGGGAGAAUGACGAGUGGUGGCAGAAGAAUGGCGCUCCGUUUGCUCCUCUGAAUUACGCCGAGGAGGCGGGCAAUGUGAAGAAGUACUCAGGCCACGAGCCUGAGACUUUUGAACAGUAUGCAGCGAGGUUUCUUGGAGUUUGAAUAGGCUCUGUGAGAAGGUAUUCUCUUGUUAAUAUAUGAUGAUGAGGUAUACUGAAUUUUAU